ACUACAGAUUUGUUACUGUAUUGCAAGGCCACUGGCUACAAGAAGUGCAUGUGAUGGAAUUGGGAAAUGGUUGGAGUAACUACCAGUCUGACUGGCUAACGUACGCGGGUACAUGUGGCGAGCUGACCGAUUAUCAAUCAUCAGACGGCUCUGAAAGAUACCGGUACGCGAUCACGUCAGGGAACAGCGCAAUAGUGCGUGCCACCACAAAGAAGCCGUACCGGUCUAACCGAAAUAGCUAAAGUAGCUUGCAGCUAACUUGCUUGGUAAAUCUCACAACAAACUGGCGCCCGCCCCUUUUACAUGUACCAUCCACCUACAUGCACGUACUCUGGCGGAAGCAGGACCACAAUAAGAGAAGGCCGAGCUAAACCUAGUAGCAAGGCCAGCCAGCUGGAAUUGGUUGUGGCGUUGUGGCCCUGUCUGUCAUAAUCUUCUGAACUCAAAGCAAAGGAGACGACGGACCAUGAUGAGACUGGCGUUCUCGGACAAAGUGUAUGGACGAGAUAUUGAGGCCCAGGAGCUAUUAAAGGCUGUGGAACGGAUCCGUUCUGCCGCCUGUCCUGUCCAUUCGGUUCUUGUGUAUGGAGCCAGUGGCUGUGGGAAGACCAGGCUGUGUGAUGUUGUCAAGGAUCGCUGCAGCGUCAGCCAGGAUAUUUAUUUCAUCAGGGGGAAAUUCGAUCAGUACGAAGAUGGCAGUGUUCCUUACUCCGGGAUUGCUCAAGCCGUGGAAGACCUUGUCCGUAUCUUGACAGAGUCGGCAACCAACCAUAACAGCAGAAGCAACAAUGAUGAAGAGAAUGACGACGAAACCAUUGCCACAGCCUUGCGGGAAGGAUUGGCUUACGAAGGUCGAAUGCUGACCAAGUUGGUAACAGGGUUGCAGGACAUGUUGGGAGAACAACAAGACACGGAUUCUUCCUCGGAAAACAUGUCCUUCAGUUCCAUCCGCAUGGCCGUGGCGUUGUCUUCCUUUUUCGAGCGAUUUUGCAGUCCAGAUCGACCCGUCGUGUUAUGCAUCGACGACGUCCAAUUUGCCGAUCCAGAUUCUCUCAGUCUGCUACAACAUUUGAUGGUGAGCGAGAAACUCUCCAAUCUACUCUUUCUGGGAAGCAUAAGAAGCGAUGAUGGCAACAGUAGUAGUAGCAGUGACAUCCUCAGCACCUUUUUGGACAUGCCAAACACCACGCCACUUCAUUUGGAAAAUCUCAGUUUGGAUAAACUAAACUUGUGGAUAUCCGAGUUGCUAGGAGCCACACGAGAAGACACACUGCCAUUGUCCAAAGUGUGUCUGCGGAAAACACUGGGGAACCCGUACUUUACGCAACAAUUUCUCAAGGUCCUCGAGACCAAGGGGUUUUUGAAAUUUGACGUACUCACAGCACGGUGGCGGUGGGAAUCCUCGGAUCUGGUCUUUCAGACGGAUGUGGCCCACAAUGUGGUCCAAGCACUCACCAGUCGAAUUCAAACCUUACCGGCAUCGGUGCGACGCUUACUACAAUUGGCAUCCUGUGUUGGCUUUGUCGUGGAUAUUGAACUCUUGAAAGGACUGGAUGAGAUGGAACGACGGCAUCACAUGCUGCUGGCAGAACAAGAGAAAAAGUUGCUGCCAGAGGAGGACUUUAUGGCAUCCUGGAAAAUCGCCGAAGCCGAGGGUAUGGUGGAGUUAUCGGAUACAGGACUUGCCUGCAAGUUUUCCCAUGACCGUGUGCAGCAAUGCGCCUAUGAGCUUGUACCCAAGGGGAAGACCCGCGAACUAUUGCAUUUGCGCAUUGGCAAAUACAUACGCGACAAGUAUCUAGGCAACAUCAAUAGCAGCAAGAACGACGUUUAUCUCUUUCGGGCCGCUGAUCAAAUGAACCGUGGAUCUGGUCUGAUGGUGCAAGAGUCGGAACGCUUUGAGCUCAUUCGUCUCAACCUCAAAGCCAGCCAGGUGGCAAGAACUCAGUCUGGAAUCGAACAGGUAGCCACUUAUCUCCAAAAGGCAAUUGCUUGUCACGAGCAAACAGACGACAAUUCCAAAUGGGAAGUGGACUAUGAGUUGAUUCUGGAGGUUUAUAGUGGCUCAGCAGAGGCAGAGUUUUCAAGUGGCCGUUUUGAUCAGGCAAGUGACCGCAUCCAAACAGUCUCUACCAUGGCUCGAGACCCCGCCGAUACCAUCCGCGCAAGAAUAGUCUUCACUCAGAUGGCCGGGGUACAAUUGAACUUUCAAGGAGCUCUGGAGGAGUCACAAUCCAUGUUGAACUUACUUGGUGCCAAACUACCCGCUGCCACCGCCUUCAAUAUCAUCUCGGAGAUGAGAAAGACGCAACGUCUACUACGGGGCAAGUCCGAUGCGGAAUUGACGAGUCUGUGCAAGAUGACAAACGAAAGGAUACGUACUAUAAUGUACAUCUUGUAUCUGGCUUCCAUUUAUGCUUUCAAUGCUGACUUCCAGCUGGCGGCACUGAUAUAUCUACGAAUGAUGCAGCUUACACUACAACACGGUCUCUGUGGAUGGUCACCUUAUGCCUUUGUCGUCUAUGGUUUGCUGUUGACGGGGAAGGGACAAUAUCAGGAAGCGUUUCGGUUAUCGCAGAUAGCCAAGCAAUUGCAACAAGAAAACGCAUGCUUCCCUGCCUUCACCAUGAUGUCGACGAUCUUCCUUUGGCACUUAAAGCAGCCUUUUCCAGAGUGUUUGGAACCGUCGCUUCGUGCAUACCGUGUAGGGCUGGAAACGGGGGACAUCAUGUCUGGUGGUCUUUCUUUGAGCACCUACGCUGUUGUGUACCUGAUGGUAGGGCUUCCACUGGUACCACUAACUGUGGAUCUCAAGCGCUUCGGAGCACAGCUUCGACUAUUCAGAUUGGGCCUGCCUCUCGCCUACAUCCUGCCCAUCUCGCAGCUGGCUCUUAUUUUGACGGGGCAGACAACCGAGUCAAUGGAAGUAACCUGGGAAUCCAUCAAGCAGAAUCAUGAUUGUUACGAUGACAAUGUAUCUGCUGGAUCUCCUCACCAGCCUCCAGAUAUUAUGCUUCAAUACUUGAACAUUUUCAAUUUCUACCUGAUGAAGGACACCAAUCAACUUGAAGAGUCGGUGAAAUCACUCCUCGCUAGGAAGACGAAACGGCUUCCGGGGGACACGGCCGUUUUCAACUUCUUUGCAACUUUUGUGGACGGACUUGCUGGUUUCGAACUCUGCCGAAAGCGGCCAAAGAAGAGGGCAUAUCGAAAACUUGCCAAGAGCGCUUUGAAGUGGCUUACCUUUUGCACAAAGAAGGAGUGCGUCAAUUGUCUAGGAAUGUUGCGACUUUUGGAAGCGGAGAAGAAGACGUUGAGCUCCUCUUGCAGCAUUGAGACUGGUAGACGGCUGUACGACGAAGCAAUAUCUCAGCUUUCCCGAAGCGGCUUCACGAACCUCUGCGCCAUUGCGAACGAGCUGGCAGGGGAGUUUACAUCCAGUCGAGGAGAUUCGUAUUGGACAGAGCAGUAUUUGGCCAAUUCGAUGGGCUUGUAUGCUGAAUGGGGCGCCAGUGUGAAGGUGGAGCACAUGCGGUCACAGCAUGGCUUUCUGAAGCCCCCAACUAACAGGAGACGCUCUGUCUCGCUGCGAGGACGCCAGCGCUUCGAGGAUACAACAAUUUCUUCCUCCAACAUGACCAAUGGAGUUGGCAACAGGCCUCGUGCAGGCUCAUCCGACGAGAUGCUCGCCAUAGGAGAAAACGAGGUGGCUGAAUGCCACUGGUCGCGCCCAGGGAGAGAAGCGACCUGAAGGAUUCAUGCCAUUUUCAGUGUGUAUCCCACAGGUAUCAGCGAGCGACAGUCACUGACUGGGAACCGAGAUCUACCGUACCGGUAGGCCAUCGUUGGCCCAUACGUGUCUUGCCCGUUCUCGGGGCUGCGAACAUUCCAAGGGGGUCGAAACUGCCCUGGGCUUGAACUGGUGUUGAAACUGAUCUUUACUCAGCUCUUGGAGGGUAAUAGUGACUUCUGAUGACUACUGUACCAUGCCGAUAGAAUCUUAUCUGAUGACGAGAGGAAUCAGGACACUUUUGAUUGAAAAGGAUGUACAUUAUAGAUUACAGUUCUUAUUCGUUGCUGCUACACCUUGCAUCCGAUAAGUGAGCCUAUGCGGCGGUGUUGGCAGGCGAUGUAAUGCGUUCGAUUUGUUUUGUAAGCUCGGCUUCUUUCUGGAGGAGCGCGCAUCGUUCUACCAUUUGCUGCUGAGCGGCAGCAGUCAUGAGCUCCAACAACUUUCGUGAAUCUUCUUCUUUUUCCGACAUGGACUUGCGAGCACUCGGUCUUCGUUCCCUUGGUGAUGUGGAAUCCCAUGAGACAACAGAUUGACUGCAGGAAACGGUGCAGGCGUCCCCUUCCAAAGCCACCCUCAGCUUUCGAGCGAGGACUCGUCUGUGCAGCCUCGACUCAACACCCAGAUCGUCCAAUGUCUCCUGCACUUCAGUGGUCGACAAGGACGCCAAAAAGAUGCCAUCAAUACCGCUGCCUCUCAUGGUGUCGGCGUAUGGCUUGAAGUGUCGUCCAAGAGUCUCAGCGGCGGCAGCCACCUCCUCAACGUCCCAUUGUGCAAUUCCUUUAGAUUGAUCAGCGCCCAUGAUUUUGAUUGUGUUUUUUCUGUUUAGCUUUUGAG